CGGUCGAAUACUCCGAUGUGUGUUCGACUAACAAUGACAACCUUCAUGUAAACCGCGAAGAGCUACUUGCUUCUGAAGAAAAGGUCCACGCAACGUCUUUGUUCGGCCUGAGUACAAAAGGAUAGAACAUUUGGACGUAUGCACCCGCUUGGCUUACUCAGUCGCAUAUGCUCAAGCCAUCCGUUGCAGAGCUAGUGCGCCAUGCAUAUCGCCGGGCGAGGGGCAUCGAUCCCGCCCCGGACGACGACUUCAAACCGCAGCCGCAGUGGCUGGACUUUACGCAGUUCACGCUGCAUCCGUGUCUCGAGCGCCUAUAUACCGGCGGGUUCGAGACAUAUCGUGGUAGUUGUCAUGUUUACUUGAACAGCAAUGCUCCCACUGGAGGCCUCCUUCAUCCGCCCAACUUCCCGCUUGGACCCUUGCACUCCCAUAUAGGAUCGCACUUUGUCACCGACCCACCGUGUAGUUGCAUCGGCAUCUACAUUCGGAGUGAUCAGGACGCGGAGCAUAUUGGACACUACAAUAAGCUACUGGCCCGCAUCCACAACAAGAAUGGAAUACGUGUAUCACAUCUAACAGAAAUACUGAACGCAAAUACGCUGCCAGUACUAUUGCAUUGGAGGGGCCAAGUCGAGCGUAUGCGAGACAAGUUGGCUUCUAUACAUCCCACCGUACUGGAGUGACCUUACUCAAAGCGGAAUGCCUUCAAAGUCGGUGCCCGUCCACACUUCAUACUCAUGCUCGAUCAUCAUGAGAUGCAUGGGAAUCCCAAUCUCCGCAAUCAUGUGAGCCAAGGGUCAUUUCUGAUGAGCGGUGGAGGUGUGAGUAAGUGGCGAAACGAAUGGAAAACUUUGGAUACCCCAGAGCAAUUUAUC